AAGGCGACGUGUGACUUGUCAAAUAGUCUCUGUUGAUAUCAGCAGUGGCUCCAGGGAGUGAGCCGGUAAAGCAAACACAGCCUUGAGAGAAUAGCAGCAGGAGACUUCCACCUCGAGGCUCGCCGUCUCGUUGAAGACGAGAACGGUACGGGGUCUGAACGUGUUCUAUGGGAUCUGUUUCCUCAGAGAUCUUUCUGUGUUUACUGUCAGUGUUAUUGACAUUAAAAACCCUUGGUCACACAAAGAGGUCGUUUAAGCUUCGCAAUGGAGAAAAGAGCGAUGGAUUUGAAGGCGAUGAUGAAGAAGCAUCGUCCCAAAACAGAAGAUUUGGACCCUCGGAAGUGGAUAAAAGAGGAGACUAUUAUGGGUUUCGCUGACUUCAUAUCCAACAGGCAAUCGGACAGAGUGGAAGAUACCAGCUUCGACGACAGCGUGAUGUUGCUUUCUGGGGAGAAGCAGUUUAUGGAAGCAGCAAAGAGAAAUGAUGUGGUGGCCAUGAAGGCGCUGGCAAGAGGGCUGAACGCCAACGCGAGGGAUCUGGAUAACAGGACUGCCCUUCACUAUGCAGUAGCUGGCAAAAACAAGGAAGCUGUGCAUCUUCUUCUUCAGCGGAGGGUCAAGGUGGACCAAAAGGACAAGCACGGUGUGGCACCCAUUCAUUUGGCUGCCUGGUUUGGCAGUUUGGACAUCCUGAAAUUAUUAGUGCAGUCCGGGGCUGAACAGAAGGUUGAGAACGAGGACGGAAUGAAUAUCCUGCACUGCGCUGCUAUCAACAACCACACCGACAUUGUAGAGUAUAUAAUUAAUGACCUGCAUAUGAAAGAGCUAGACAAAGAUGACAAGUCAGAACAACGGGCAUUUGCAUUGGCGGCAAAGCAUGGAUGUGUUGAAAUGAUGGAUAUGCUGAUUAUUCCAUUUGAAAUGGGCACCAUGAAGGCCAACAAGGGCGGGGACACGCCCCUGCACUUAGCUGCCAAGAACGGCCAAUCGGAUGCCGUACGGUCGCUGCUGCAGAGCUUCGAUACGCGGGAUGAAGUCAAUAUGAACUGUGAGACGGCUCUGUACCAGGCAGCGGAACAAGGCCAUGAAGAAUGUGUCCUGAUCCUGCUGGAGGCCGACUGUGACCCCAACGUCCUCACAACGGCCAGAUGCAGCGCUCUCCAUCCAGUUUCAGAAAGAGGAGACAUGCCUCUUGUUCAACUCCUCUUAGAUUACAAAUCCUACAUGGACUUCCAGAAUAAGCACCUCGAGGCUCCUCUCCACCUUGCCGUGAAGAACAGUCACAUCCCUGUCAUCCAUUCUCUACUGACGGCCGGCUGCAACAUUAAUGUCGCUGAUAAGAGGUCCCAGACUGUUAUGCACCUUGCUGCAGAGUCGGCCAGGAUAGAUGUCGUGGAAAUGCUUCUUAAAGCCGGGCUGGAUCUGACCCUCCGGGACAGGCAGGGUAAGACGGCUCUGGGUGUGGCAGUCAGAGCAGACGAGGUGAUUGUUGUGGACAUGAUCAUCAAAGCAGAAAGAUACUACACCUGGAGGAAGGCGAACCCAGAAGUUAAUGAGAGCAUUCACAGCGAGAAUCCGCUGACGUUUAAACUGGACCACCGCUCCGAGACCAAGCAGUACCGCUCCUCGGCCUGGCACCUGGCCUACAAGAUUCUGAAGGCAGGAGACUGGAAAAGUCUCGCAGAGCACUGGAGCUUCACAAAGGACCAGGUGUCGGCCAUCGAGGAGCAGUGGACAGGUCAACAGAGCUAUCAAGAGCAUGGGAACCGGAUGCUGCUGAUCUGGCUCCACGGGGAGGAGUUGGCUCAGAAGAGCAUUGCCAAAGACCUCUACCAGGCCCUCAUCCUCACAGGGAACAGGAAAGCUGCAGAUAUGAUUCGGAUGAGGACAUUGGAUUCCAACAGCAAGAGCUGCAGCAUUUUAUGAGGCGACAUAUGGACUAUAUAACUUCACGUUUACAUCAUUUCCAACAACUGAAAGUGAGCAGUAAAAUAAUUUAUUUUGAUCAGUAACAUAUGGCUUUGGUGUAUUAAAACAACAAGUGAGUCUCGAUAGAGAAAAAAUUAUACCAUAAAUAAAUGCAAUUUUAAAAUCGUGCACAAGUGAAACGAUUCUGUUCAGUCAUUUUUUUCAUAGAAAUAAAUGUACAUGUUGUAACUCUAAACUCUAGCCAGCUGGGAAUAAUAAUAAAAAAACAUUUACGCGUA